UGGUCCAAUGAUUGAUCGUGCAUGGGUAGAGCCGGCGCCGGCGUGAUUCCACGAGACGACGGCUACGGCUGUGAAUCGUGCCGUCGACGACACGACAACUUGCAUCCGAUCGGAUCAUCAGCAUUUCAAUUUUUCAUAGCGAUUGAGAUUAUCAUCAUCCAGUACUGUGAUAGAGUUUCUCCCCCUGUUCCCUUCCCCUUCAAGUUGAAACGGUAUCGAUGAUCGUCCGGGGUCAAUUGACUUGCUGAUCUGAAGAUCUUGACCGACGAAAGUCAAGGCUAGUUGGAUAAGCGUGCACAUCGUCAUCAUGAGCAGCUCAGAAGAAGUGUCAUGGAUAUCGUGGUUUUGUGGUCUCCGAGGCAAUGAGUUCUUUUGCGAGGUUGAUGAAGAUUACAUUCAGGAUAAGUUUAAUCUAACGGGACUGAACGAACAGAUCCCGCAUUAUCGACAGGCGUUGGAUAUGAUUCUGGACUUGGAACCAGAAGAAGAACUGGAAGAUAAUCCCAAUCAAAGCGAUUUGAUAGAACAAGCUGCUGAAAUGCUUUAUGGACUGAUUCACUCUCGAUACAUCCUCACUAACCGCGGCAUCGCACAAAUGGUUGACAAGUAUCAAAACGGAGAUUUCGGGUAUUGUCCGCGUGUUUAUUGCGAGAACCAACCAGUUCUCCCGAUCGGACUGUCAGAUGUUCCAGGCGAAAGCAUGGUGAAGCUGUACUGUCCGCGCUGUAUGGAUGUUUACACACCAAAGUCUUCGCGUCAUCACCAUACGGACGGAGCGUAUUUCGGCACGGGGUUUCCGCAUAUGGUGUAUAUGGUGCAUCCGGAGCUGCGACCGAAGCGUCCGCAAAAUCAAUUUGUUGCUCGUUUAUUUGGGUUCAAGAUUCAUCCCUUGGCUUAUCAGCUGCAGUACCAGGCAGCAACGCAAAAUCAAGCGCCUCAACCGGCCCACAAGCCGCAAAUGCCCCGUCAAGAACCUUCUCGUACACGUGCUCGUAGCCUUUCGAAAUCGCCCAAUAACAGCGACACGGGGUUUCCUGUUUCGCAAGGUCGUCUUCCGUGGAACCACGAUAAAUAACAAAUAACUUUUGAUGGUUACUUAAUUAAUUUGCCAGUCGUGUUAAGUUUACCAUUCUUCUUGUAUGUCGGUUUGUGCACUUUACAUUGCUGACUCGGUAUUUUGUCGCCGCUUCUUUUUGUGUUUUACAUUCUGCCACUGUAUCAUUGCUUGUUUCUGUUGUUCACAAUUGACAGGGUUGCCCGUGUUUCGAAAUACUUAUUUAAUGGUACCAAUCGUUGG